UCUCCAGUUGUAGGACUGGCCCUCGCCAGCUGCAACGUGCUCCAGUUUGGAGUGAUGAUUAAGCACAAGACCGGGAAAUCUCUGCUGUCUUACAAUGGUUACGGGCUUGGGGGAUCCAAAAAGCCCCUGGAUGCCACCGACAGGUGCUGCCAUGCCCACAAUUGCUGCUAUAAGAAGUUGGCUCCCUCACACUGCAGUCCCAAAGUGGUCACCUACAAAUACUUCCUCCAGGGAAGUCAAAUAACCUGCGGAACCAGGAACCAGUGCCAAACAGCGACCUGUGCAUGCGACAAGAAGGCAGCUGAGUGUUUCCAGAGGGCAGCUGGGACCUACCACAAUUCUUACAAGAAUUAUCCCAACUUUAAGUGCAAGGGCCGAGCACCCUCCUGCUAAACA